AUGGGCGGUGAAGUGUUAAAACACCAGUUAUUUUCAACAUAUGAAAAUAGCCUAAAGGUGAUAUUUAAGUGAAUGAAAAGGAAAUAUUUUCCUGUCAUUUUCAGCAUUAGACCAGGUGCUUACUCCAUGUCGUAUUUGUAGAAACAAUAUUGAUAUGAUUUCAUACUUUCUACAAUUUUGGAUCUAAUAUUGCAAAAUUGUCCUGAUGGGAACCUUGCGGAGUUAGUUUCACAACUUAAUCAAGGACAGACGACCAGUGAUGGCUAUGAUUCCACGGAGCUCCGGUUCUCCUCCAUCUCGGACACUGACCCCUCCCAAGAACAGGAAAUCGUUUAGCGUGGACAGUAUAUUGGGCCGAGAAACAGACAGAUCUUCGCCGGAUAUCUCUGGGCAAUUCACUCAGAUGAGAGCAUCACCUGUUUGCCGUGGCCCUCAGAGUCCCGUCCCCCGGGAUUCCACUGCAGAAUGCGACAAUUCAGACCUGUCCGAGACAUUUUCAGAGUCCACUACACCGGAUAAAACUGACCAUUUACGAGAUAACCACAGCGACACUUCACUAGAUACUCCGGACGUGGACACUUCCCUGGACAACUGUGACGAUGACUCUGGACUUGGAAACAAGCCUCGGAAAAUCCGCCGGAGUCGAACCACGUUCACCACGUACCAGCUUCAUCAACUUGAGCGGGCGUUUGAGAAGACACAGUACCCGGAUGUGUUCACGCGAGAAGAGCUGGCGAUGCGGUUGGACCUGAGUGAAGCUAGAGUUCAGGUAUGGUUCCAGAACCGAAGAGCAAAGUGGAGAAAAAGGGAAAAGGCUCUUGGACGCGAAAGUCCUAACUUCUUACAAGGAGAUACAGGUCCUUCUCUAGGGGACAUGCCUCAUAUACCAACAGGAAGUGCUUAUCCAUCACCAUCUGAUCCCUACUGGUCAACACGCCUGACGCAUCUAACAGGGGUCAACCCCAUGAUGGCCUUCCAUCAAAACAAUAUCAGUAGUAUGGCUGCAGCACAUUAUAUGCAGGGCAAAAUGCCGUUCGGAGGACUUCUAGCAAACUACGUUGUGAACACAAAUUCAUUCGGAAUACCCGGAAUUUUACUGGGAGGCGGAAUGCCGGGGGUGCCAUCAUCUUCAUUGUUAUCGCCUACGUCAUCAAGAUUCAACCUUGACCCCGAAUCCCUUGACCUGCGAAGGUCAAGCAUAGACAAACUUCGUUUAAAAGCAAAAGAACACUCAGCAUCUACAGAGGCUGGUGAUCUGUCUCCAUAAGUGUUUUUUUUCGUGUUUAACAAUCGUUAUAUUGGUGAUGAAUGUUUUAGAAUUAUUUUAAAAGCCUAUGUUCUGUUGUGCUCGUACAAUCUACAAUCUAGACAGCGUAUUGCGGUGCAAUGGGUAUUAUGUCGAUAUGAAGAAAAUUGUGAUAUAUCAUUUCUAAGAUUCGAGUUAUAUACUUUGCUGCUAAAAUGACGCCUAUAAUUACAACUAUAUGACGUCACAUUGCAACAUGGUGUAGAUACAAACGUAAAUAUGACGUCAUGUUUUUAUAAAGUACUGUGUCUUGUUUUAUUAUAUUCAAAUAUACAUUAAAUGCUAAGAAAAAUGAUUUCUAAUCUAGUCAAUUAUUAAAAUAGAUAAAUGUAUUGUUUUCCGCAUUUUAUUCUUUUUAUUUCGUAUCUACAAAAACUGUAUGAGCUAAAUGUAUAAUUUUUGACAGUUGUGUUUUAGAUCCUCUGGAUUAUUCAUAUUCAUUUUUUUUCACAUAAUGACAUAUAUCAGAAGUGACCAUUACUGUCACAGAUUCCUAAAUCUUCAGAUAAAGUGACAUUGGAAUAUAUAUAUAUAAUAUUUGCAAAAUAACAAAAUAAAAAGCACAACAAUUGUGAAGAUUUUUACUCUACGGUAAUAUAAUUCAAUUAACUGUGCCAUUGAAAUGGCAUAAAGACGUUGAAUUAUACUUCAUUGGAUUGUUAAUUGAAUAAUUUGAAUCCAUUUUAUUCUCAUGACAGACUAUAUUUUCGUUGUAUUCGAUCAAAACCUUACGCUACAUAUCUUACAAGGACUAAAUAAUGGUAUCAAUUCACCGUCAUAUUAUUUCUGUAUAUAAUGAUAAGAUAACUGAAAAGCAAACAACCUCUCUCUAUUUAGUGCUUAUUUGGUACACUACAACCAUGCAGAAAUGAGAACCAUUUCGCUAGAGAGAUAAGUUGAAUGUCAAACUUUUUACUAUGACGUCAUUUAAAGAUAAUACUUGUUCAAAAUACUUAUUUCAAAUGUCAGGAAUAUAAAUUGACCAUACUUCCUGUACAGUAACACGUUUCAGCUUGACGUCGUUUUCACGACAGUUAAUUAUUUAAGUUGAUGUUGAUCUGAAAUUGAUUUAUAUGUAAGUUUGUGAUCAAACAGAUUUGAAUAUUGAAAUAAGAUAAGUUUUAAAUUCGUCGCAUGUUUUUUAACACUAUGUCCUUAAAUAUAGUGAGUCACGAUUAUCGUGUCAAUAUUAUAUAUGCGGCGAUUUGAUUUCAUACGGUAAAAUAUUUGUUUCUUUUUUAUAUUGUUGAAUUAUGCAGAUUCGUUAUGUACUGGCGGUGUUAAAUGUCUGUAUUAAAAUGAUUAAUGUUGUAAA